AUGAUUAACCCGAGGAAUAUUAUCGCUGGUCUGGUGGGAAUUGGAAUCACUGAUGUUGUCGCUGGACCUUGUAAGCCCAUUAGCGCUUCUAGUGGUAGUAGCGCUGAAGCUUUGGCGACCUCAGCACUAACUGCAUCUGUAUCCCUCACGUCGUCUUCCAUCUUUGCGCUCAGCACUUCGAUCAGCACCUCAAUUCAGUCCAGCACCGAUUUGACCGUCGAGACCGAAACUAUUACCAUCUCUGAUUCUUCGAAUACUGCCGGGUCAACCACAACAGGUUCCGUUGAGUUCACAUCCACCAUUAUCUCUGUAUCCGAAUCGACAUUUGCAACAACAACCGACUUUACUUCAACCUUCACUGAGACCACUACUACUGCCGCCACUACUUCAGCUGUCGCAGGUAUACCGUGCAACAAUCAGAUUUACCGAGGUACAGCACAAAACCGAGGCUACACUUCCACUGAUGCCCAGUCUGAGGCCGAUUGCUGGGAAGCCUGCUCCGCCGACGAACAAUGCAACACAUGGUUCUUCCAAACCGCCGGCGUCUGCCAACUUUACCGGGAACAAUUCGAUGCGAUGAGCAGUCCCAAGAACGAAGACAGUAACCUCAUUGGUUCACGCAACUGUUCGCCGCGCGACUAUUCUCCUUGUGACGAUAACAUUGGGUUCGGAUCCAUCAGCGCGACUCCGGUCGAGUCAGUGCAGCAGGUCUUGCUUGAGAAAGAUUGUGCACAGCUGUGCAUGAAGGACGGUAAGUGCGAUGUCUGGCAGUAUGAUGGCAUGUUGAAGACCUGCCAUAAAUACAGUGGUCAAUUUGAAGAUAUUUUCACGCCCCAAGCCGACGCACAGGGACAAAAGAUUUUUCUAGCUGGCUCACGCAGUUGCUCAUCCGACUUCUUCAAGCCACAACUUGAGCCUUGCAAUGGUCAGAUCAACACCUGGGAUGCCAAUACCUUCCAUGGCUACAGACAUAUCGCCGACCUCAAGACGGUUGCUUUGUGCGCACGUGCUUGCUCAAUUGACCCUCAGUGCGUGUCCUGGGCAAUCUUUGACGGUGGUAUGCUCAAUAGUCCACGCGGAUGUGAACUUGUGCAAGAUGAUUAUUGGGAGGAUCACACCGAUGUAGGAGCCGCUGGGUCGAGAAAUUGUGGUGUCCCUUGA